GUGCGUCGUCAUUGGCGUAAACACUAUCGUUAGACCUCUUCUUAAUUUUCUUGAUUUGUUUCGGGACUUUUUUCCAGACAGACGAGAGUUUAUUAACAUCUCCAGUGGAUGUCUGACUGGUUUCUUUAGUUACACUAUGUGGCUUCUUCUCGCUGGGAUCAUGCUGCUGGUGUGUGCUGCAGAUGCCACACCAAUUGGCAGCAGAACAGUUCCCAAUUUUGGAAAAAUGUAUCAUGUCAAAGGUGAGCUCUCUCUGCCACAUUCUGAGAUAAAAGAACCGUUUGAAGCUUGGUACGACCUUGAGGGGAACAGAAGUCGAAUCGACUAUCAUAAUGGCAAAGUGCGUACCUAUCUGAUUGGAAAUGACUUGGACUAUGGUGCCAUUUACACGAUCACACCAGUCACCACUGCAACAGAAAUCCAAGCUAUUAAGUGUUUCCAACUUAACGGUACCCAGGAGGGUCCAAUACGUCCACAGGCAGCACUGCCUGAUCUGCAGGGCUUUGAAUUUGAGAAGAUGGAAAAUUAUGAAGGUGUUCUGUGUGAGGUCUGGAAAAACGUCACACAGGUUGGCCAUAAGAAGAACACGUAUCGUCUGUGGGUCACGCGUCCAGAGGGAAAUGAUUCCCCAGCCACCCCACACCGCUUUGAGAUGGUGGGCUUCAACACUCUUUUGGAGUCCCACAAUGACAAAUACACUAUUGACUACAGUGACUUCAGCCCACAAACUGAGUCUGACAUUUUCAUACCACCUGGAGGAAUGACCUGUGAAGAGUUUCCUGAUCCUGUUGAGGAGCAUCAAAUAUUGGCCAACCCCAUUCAAGACUAUGUCAACACCUCCCCUGUUAGCCACGCCCACCGUCUGUUUGGCCCCUUUAAGGAGAAGUUUAAUCGUCAGUAUGAAAGUGAGAAGGAGCAUGAGGAGCGUGAGAACUACUUUAUACAUUGUCUUCGGCUUGUGCACUCUAAGAACAGAGCUGGUCUUACAUACAGUCUCGGUAUCAAUGACUUCUCUGAUUGGUCAAAAGCAGAGAGUGCCAGGUUGACAGGAGGUUUACUGAUUCCAGAUCGGGAAAAGGAUACAGAAUAGGAGUUUGUCAUGCAAAUGUAACGGGGGGG